UAAAAGGGUGCCAAGAAGCUGGGACGACGGAACGUGGGUGUAAAUAGACAGUGAACGCUCUUGGUUUUCUCUCUCUCUUCUCUCUCCCUCCCCCUUCUACUUCCCUCUUUUUCUCUCUCUCUCUCUCUUUUUUUAUGAAAUCAAUGAACGAGUUAUUGGGUAGGACAUAAAUAUAAGGAAUCAAAGCCUCCACCGGGACCAACGGGCAUUGUUGCGUUUUUUUGAUAUGUGUCUUCGCCAAAUACUACAUGUGUUUUCAAAUCAAUGUAAAUACUGGCUUUGACAGGACGAGAGCGGAAUUGGCACAGUUUGGUCUCGGAACCUAAAUUUUGACCCAGACUUCUUCCACCAGCUUUUUUUUUCUUUUCUUUCCUUUUUUUUUUUUGUUUUUGAACGUGAAACGAUUCUCCGCACGCCAGCCUCUCUAUCUGCUACUGUUGCACACCCCAUUCCCAAACUCUCUGGCCGGUUCGAAGAUGGCAACUUUAACCAACGGCCAGGUGGACGGCUCGGUGCACGGAGUCGGACUCGGAGUGGUGUCUGCCAGCACGAACGGGCUCGUGAACGGAUUAAGCCACAGCCACAGCCCGGCGGGAUGCCCGGCCACCACCAUCCCCAUGAAGGACCACGAUGCCAUCAAGCUGUUCAUCGGCCAGAUCCCCCGCAACCUGGACGAGAAGGACCUGCGGCCCCUCUUCGAGGAGUUCGGCAAGAUCUACGAGCUCACCGUGCUCAAAGACCGCUUCACGGGCAUGCACAAAGGCUGUGCCUUCCUCACCUACUGUGCCAGAGAAUCUGCCCUGAAAGCCCAGAAUGCAUUGCAUGAGCAGAAGACCCUGCCAGGAAUGAACAGACCAAUCCAGGUGAAGCCAGCGGACAGCGAGAGUCGAGGAGAAGACAGAAAGCUGUUUGUGGGCAUGCUCAACAAGCAACAGUCAGAAGAUGAUGUGCGCCGGCUUUUUGAAUCCUUCGGCAGCAUUGAGGAAUGCACCAUCCUCCGAGGUCCCGAUGGAAACAGCAAAGGCUGUGCAUUUGUAAAAUACUCCUCUCAUGCUGAAGCUCAGGCAGCCAUCGGUGCACUACAUGGCAGCCAGACAAUGCCUGGAGCCUCGUCUAGUCUGGUGGUAAAGUUCGCUGACACGGAUAAGGAGCGCACCAUCCGCCGCAUGCAGCAGAUGGCCGGUCAGAUGGGCAUCUUCAACCCCAUGGCCCUGCAGUUUGGAGCCUACGGAGCCUACGCUCAGGUGCAGCAGCAGGCAGCACUCAUGGCGUCCGUGGGCCAGGGAGGAUACCUCAGUCCCAUGGCCGCCUUCGCCGCCGCCCAGAUGCAGCACAUGGCCACCAUCAAUGGCCUCCCUGGAGCACCGCUGACCCCCACGUCAGGUGGCAGCACUCCCCCAGGCAUAAGUGCCCCCACAGUGACCAGCAUCCCCUCUCCCAUCAGUGUAAAUGGGUUUACUGGCAUGCCGCCCCCCCAGGCCAACGGGCAGCCUGCAGAAGCCGUUUUCACCAACGGGAUCCACCAUUACCCCGUGUUGCAGGAGGUGGUUUUUAGGGAGGACUCAGAGAAAAACGGCUUGGGCGUGGCUCCACGGAGUUGUUUUGGGGUUCAGGGUGGCUGCUUCCUCUCCUCUCUCUCUGAAGCAGCUCAAAGUCCCACUGCAGCUGAUCCUCUCCAGCAGGCUUACACAGGAGUCCAGCAGUACGCAGCAGCCUACCCUGCUGCAUACGGUCAGAUCAGCCAAGCCUUCCCCCACCCUCCACCCAUCAUUCCACAGCAACAGAGAGAAGGACCAGAAGGUUGCAACCUGUUCAUCUACCACCUUCCUCAGGAGUUUGGGGAUGGAGAGCUGAUGCAGAUGUUCCUGCCUUUCGGUAAUGUCAUCUCCUCCAAAGUGUUUGUGGAUCGGGCGACAAACCAAAGUAAAUGCUUUGGGUUUGUGAGCUUCGACAACCCAGGUAGUGCCCAGGCUGCCAUCCAGUCCAUGAACGGCUUCCAGAUCGGCAUGAAAAGACUCAAAGUGCAGCUCAAGAGGCCAAAGGACGCCAACCGCCCCUACUAGCCCUCACCCCCACCAGCCGCCGUCACCCUGGCGGCUGGGCCGACCAUCGAGUAAACAGGAAGACAGGUUUUGAGCUGAAUCAUAUGUUGAAGAAGUGCUACCCACCACAGAGUGCAAACUCAACAUCUGGUCCACAGAGGCUGCUUGAGAAAAAAGAGGGGGGAGAGAGAGAAAGAGCAGUGAUCCAGCCAAGGAGG